AUGAGGGAGCAAGCGAGCGGGAUUGCAGAAGUUGUGGGGGUCGCUGCUCCCGGGGCUGAGAUGGGACUGGCGGGCUCGAGCUGGUGGGUCGCAGACCCCCCGUCGGAGGCUUUCGACCAGGUGAUCGCAGCGGUCGAGCUCGUGGAUUCCACCGAGGACCGCGACGACGGCACGAAGGUUCAGAGGGCGCUGCCCCUCGCCCGGGCGAUGGAGUUCAUCACGCCGAAGUCGUUCAGUGAUUGGCUUCACCCGGGGCCAAAAGCUACAUUGGAGUUCCUCGAGUCGGUUCUUCUGAACGGCGGUGAUCUCCUGGUGUGGCUGAAUGCGUUCAUGAGGAAGUCCGGAGUCAGCGAGAACUCGUCGUUCUCCCAUGAGCUUCGGAACUUUGUCCAGAUCGUGCGCCUCGCGGUCAGUUAUGAUCAGGUGGGCCGCACAAAUAUGGCUUACAUCGAGCAGGCGGUGCGGGUGAUUCAUGAGACCCAGCAGGCGAUCAGGAGGAACCCGAAGCAUUCCGACUUCACAGGUCUCGACGUCGGCACGAUCGGGUCUUGCGACGAGACCGGGGGCGCCCGCCUGCACGAUUUCAGCAGCUGGCUCAGCGCCAAGCAGAAGGGGGUGGCCGAUGCCAUGGGGGCGCAGCGGAAGUGGCGAGAGGAGCAGGCGGCGAAGCGACGCCGCACGUCCGACAGGGGGCCACCUUCGCACCCGAAGGCGAAGGCCAAGUCCAAAGCCUCUCCUGCGGCGCCGCAGGAGGGGCAGGGAUGGGGCACGGUGAGCAGCUGCGGGCCCAUGCCGACGGGGAUGACAGCGCGCGAGGCUAUUUGGGGGUCUCUGACGGCGAAUGACCUGCAGUACGUUGGCGAGAAGAACCUCGCCCCGUACCGGCCUGAUCUUCUGAAGGUCGCGAAGGGCAACGCGGUGCCAAAGCCCGCCGUCGACUUGCUGCCGCCUGAGGAGGCGGCAUUUUCGAUCGAUCCUGAGCGGUACCUCGUCCGCUCGCAGCCAGAGGACGAGCUGACGGAGCUCAACCAGGGCUGUGGCCCAAUCGUCGAGGUGCCGGACCUCUCGGUGCGCGUCGGCGACGUCGAGGACGCCUUUUACCAGUUCUCGGUCGAGUCGACGGCUGAGUUGUUUGGCCUGGACGACCCUGUCCGUUGCUCCGAGUUCGGUCUCACUGAGGUAGGCGACAACGAUCUCGGGAGGCUUCGCCCCGUCCGCUCCUCCGAGAAGGUGUUCCCGGUCUUCCAUGGGCUGCCUCGGGGGCGGUCCUGGGCCCUGCAUUUUUGCGCGACUUCUGUGAAGUACUUCACCUCCGUGGCAGUCCGCGUGCUGCUAGGCCACUGCGUUCGCUGCCUCGUUCAUCUGAGGCCGGCGAUGUCUGCGCUUGCCCACCCCUACCGAUUCGCGAGCGACAGUCUCGGGCGGGCGUCUGAGAUUCCGGGCAAGGUCAAGCGCGAGUUCAGGUGGAAGGGGCGCUGGAGGUUCGCGGAGGCGGAAGGGUUCAUCGCGGGAUGUCUUGAG